CGGUAUACAGUCUACCACAUGGACAUGUAACAGAAGGGAGGGUCGAAAUGAAUAACAUUUGUCUUGCUGCCGUUUUAUCAGUGGUGACUACUCCCAGCAGCCAUGGCACGUGCCUGUCCAGCGAGUGCGUGCCCAGCGAAGCACUGUCCACUGUCCAACUGUUUGGAAGUUACACCGCAGCAGUGUGUGAAGACUUGAAGACUUAUGUCCACUGUCUGUCGACGGAGUUGCACGGGUGUGUUGGGGAGAGCAAGGAACGAACGACGCUGCAAGAGUUGGCAGAUAAAAACUACGUCACGAUACUGUAUAGAUGUGACUACUUUGGUGCGAAUGGCAUCUGCGAUGUGGCGGACUGCACUUUCGUGGCAGAUGUCAGUAAAGGAUACACCAAGAAGACUUGUGACGAGAUGGCGAUGUACAUCAACUGUCUGAACAUAGAGCUGUGGGAAUGUGGACCGAAGACUCUCUAUGGGACUAUGGUGGAGUCCCAAGUGGACUCACUGAUGUUAGACUCGGAGCUGCACUGCGGGUCUACUAAAGCAGGCGUGAUUCCAGUCAUGGUGUUAAUUCUUAUCUCCUCAGCCGUUUCUGUCACAUAAAGGUGGAUAUCAAUAUC